AUGGUCCCCUUCUGUCCUGCUCCAGGUUGGCCCAGGGACUGCAGUGAGGUCCCUGAUGGCAGCUCCAGCGGUGUCUACAUCAUCCAGCCCUCAGGAUUGCACCCCAUCAUGGUGUACUGUGAGAUGGGUGGAGAUGGGGGCUGGACUGUGAUCCAGAGGAACCGGCAGGACACGGAUAUCACCUGGAACGAGUCCUGGAGCACCUACAAGCACGGCUUUGGGAAUGUGCACACCGAGUACUGGCUGGGCACUGAGAACAUCCACCAGAUCACCAGGCAGAAGGUCUACCAGGUCAGGUUUGUCAUCUGGGAUGCUUCAAACAACAAGAGGUUUGCAGACUACAACCUGUUCAGCCUGGACGAUGAGUCCCAGGGCUACCGGCUGAGGCUGGGAGCGCACUCGGGGACGGCAGAGGAUGCCAUGGACUCAGAUAAUCCCAGGAAAGUGCACAACAACAUGAAGUUCUCCACAAAGGAUCGGGACCAGGACACUUACAGGGGGAACUGUGCCUCCCGCUACGGGGGCGGGUGGUGGUACUCGGCGUGUUACUCCGUGCGGCUGAACGUCAAGGGGAGCAUCACGUGGGGCAGGCUGUGCAAGGGGAACUGCAAAGCCUCUGCCAUCCUCAUCAAACCAGCUCCCUACCACUAGAACUCCUUCCCUCUUCUGUCCCCCCUGGGCACAUGGCCAGGCCAGCGCCCUGCUGGGGCCUGUUUGAUGACGGGGGGCUGGGGGUGAAUAGGGUUGUUCCUCUGUAUCAAGAGCUGCUUUGUUUUCCUCUUAUCCUGAAAAGUAGCAAAGUUCCCUGCUCUGUCUUUGGCCAUUCACCUGCGGUGGGUUUUGGGGGAUCAUUAUUAGCACGCAUGUUUGUGAAUACUGCAGUGUCCAAGCAUUUUCCUUCUGGGGACAAAACUGUGCUCAGAAGCUUAAGACCCUCCUGGUCCAGCAAGGUCUUACUCUCUUUCUGCUUUGUGGGUAUAAUGUUUUCAGUAGAAAAAUAUACGUCACUAGCUAACCUGACCUACACUGCACUGAGCCCAGGGCAGGCUGUACCUGCACCACAACCUUGCUGCAGUCUGUAUUCAUCCUGCCAAAUAAAAUCACUUUCAGAUCUGCAUAGGUGUCCUUCAUUUGUUUGGGAGCUCCUUGCAACUGCUCCCAGUUUCCUGCCAGGAGCAGACCUGAGGCUCCUGAUGCAGCAGGAAACUGUUUUCA